UGCUUUUAGAACCAUUAAUGAAAUAACUGAUUUUAAUGAAUUGUUUUCAACUUGGCGACUUGUAUUUGUACCGUUUUGUGAACUUCUGUAUAAAUAGAUACUAUAAUUGAGUUAUUCUUACUUAUUUUUAAACAACUAGAAAAUCGUUCUUAAAGACAGAAUGCCAUCGGACCCCUCAGAAGAAAUGACCGCUCCUCAGGUCCCUAAAACCGAGCUGGAGGAGCUACAAAUAAAUGCGCAAGGAGUAGCUGAUGAGUCCCUGGAAAGUACGCGACGUAUGCUUGCCCUCUGCGAGGAGAGCAAGGAAGCAGGGAUACGUACACUUGUAGCCCUUGAUGAUCAAGGAGAACAACUGGACCGCAUUGAAGAAGGAAUGGAUCAAAUUAAUGCUGAUAUGAGAGAAGCCGAAAAGAAUUUAAGCGGAAUGGAAAAAUGUUGCGGCAUUUGCGUUCUACCAUGCAAUAAAAGCCAAUCAUUCAAAGAAGAUGAUGGGACCUGGAAAGGUAAUGAUGAUGGAAAAGUUGUAAAUAAUCAGCCGCAAAGAGUCAUGGAUGAUAGAAAUGGAAUGAUGGCGCAAGCAGGAUAUAUUGGCAGAAUAACAAAUGAUGCUAGAGAGGAUGAAAUGGAGGAAAAUAUGGGUCAAGUAAACACAAUGAUUGGCAAUCUCCGUAACAUGGCAUUGGAUAUGGGCUCUGAAUUGGAAAACCAAAACCGUCAAAUUGACAGAAUUAAUCGAAAGGGGGAAUCCAAUGAAGCGAGAAUAGCUGUUGCUAAUCAAAGAGCCCAUCAACUACUAAAAUAAUGAGAUUAAAAGACGACAAAAAUAUUCAUCAACAUUUGAAAAAAAAAACAUUCUGAUUUGAGCGUAUGCUGCGAAACAAAAUAUUUUUUCAUGUUUUCAACUCUCUUUGUGCUCUUAUAGUUAAAACAGUUGUCUCAUGCUGUGCAAAUAUAAGAUAACAAACUUUUGCUAAAAGAAUAACACUUUUCUUUGAACACUUU